CAUCCAUCCCAUCGCCAGCUCAUCGUUCACGGCGCAUGACUCAAGUUCCCCAUUUCAUCUGCAAAUACAUGACAGCCUCGGGGUCGCAAAACACAAUCGAAUCGAGAGUCUGAAAAAUUCCCCGAACAAAAACCCAAGAGUCCAGUGCUUCACACCCAUGCAAUAAAUCAGACAAGUUCAGGCCCACGCCGACGGGAGCUCGCAGCAAUGCCAGCGGGCGAGGGAGUUACGCCGCAGCUUCCACAGCAGCAAAGCCAGCAGAACCAGCAGCAACAGCAGCAGCAAAAGCGGGACUUCUCAGAGGAUGCACCGUCGCCCGCAGACCCUUCGUCAGACAGCAGUAAGAAGCGGAAGACGACCGGUUCCAGCUCGAGAGGCGUUGCAAAUCUCACUCCAGACCAGCUUGCAAAGAAACGUGCGAACGAUCGAGAAGCUCAGCGUGCGAUUCGGGAGAGGACGAAGAAUCAGAUCGAAAAUCUAGAGUUGAAGAUUCGAGAGUUAACCUCUCAGCAACCCUAUCAGGAGCUGCAACAUGUCAUACGGCAGAAGGAAUCUGUCGAGGCAGAGAAUGUGGAGAUCAAGAAGAGAUUGAAUUCUAUUUUGCUGUUAAUACAACCUAUGCUUGGGCAACAUGCUCAAGAUGGACAGUCAAUGUACAAUUCUCCUGCACCACAUUACGUCCCCAAUCGACCGGGUUCCUCUUCGAAUUUCAAUUCAACAACCCCGAAUAGUGGAGCUUCUCCCAUCGUUGGAGCAGGUGGAGGACCUCAGUGGCAAGCUCCAAGUGCGACUAUGGGCCAGGGGCUGGGAAACUACUCCCAAAUGCUGAAUGCACAGGCUCAAUUCACGAAGCAAAAGCACGAGAUGACACACAAUUUAGACAUGGGUCCAGAGAGGCUAGGUCUUGACUUUCUUCUUGACGGCACACAGAGAAUCAAUAAGAUCCCAAAUGGCACGAACGGAACCCAUGACACUUCGUUUCAACCAACUCCUCGUGGACAAGAUAGCCCAGCACAUCACAGAAGCAACUCGAUUAGUAGUCAUUCUGGAUAUCCUCCGGUAGCAGGGCAAGAAAUGGCCGGUCAUGCUGCACCCAUCCGGAACGGACCUCCAACGUGCCCUCUAGACAAUAUUCUACUAGAUUUCCUACAUGAGAGACAGCAACAAGCGGCAGAGGGAGUAGCUACUCCCAAAUUAGUAGGGCCAGCUUACCCCAGCGUCUCCUCUCUCCUGAACCCAUCGAAAGCAGCAACCUCUCACCCGCUUUCAAAAGUCUUCACCGACAUCUUAUCCACCUUUCCCGACCUCUCUACACUUCCCGAGAAGGUUGCAACGCUUUACAUAAUGUUCCUUAUCAUGCGCUGGCAAAUCUCUCCAACGCAAGAAAAUUACGACCGCCUCCCUGACUGGGCCACACCUCGACCCUCCCAGCUCUUCACGGCACAUCCAGCAUGGAUUGACCAUCUUCCUUUCCCCAAGAUGCGAGACCGUCUGGUUCGGGACUACAACCCGAGAGAUUACCUUUUUGAUAAUUUCUUCAUCCCGUUCACGACGACGCUGAGUGUCAACUGGCCGUAUGAGCCGACUGAUACGCUGUUGUCUGGUGUGGACGGUGAGGAUUUAGUUAUCAAUCCCAUCUUCGAGAGACACUUGAGACGUAUUGAGAACUGGAGUCUUGGUCCGGCUUUCUCUAAAGCUUUCCCUGGAUUGCAGGAUACGUAUCGUUUGAAGGUCGAGGGAGACAGAAGAUAA